AUGACGCCGCCGCCGUCGGCGGCGCCGCCGCCCGCGCGGCGUGCGUCGACGACGACGGCGAGACCGGCCCCUCAUCGCGGCGGCGGCGGCGGCGGCGGCGGUCCCGCGCGCAGCCUCGAGUUGCACGUCUCGCUCUACAACAUCCCCGACGCGCUCGCGUCGCGUCAGCCCCCCCCGCGCGUCUUCGCCGCGCUCCUCGCGGAGCUCCCGCCGAGCACGAAGGACCGAGGACGCGUCGGCGUCGCGCGCGUCCACGAGCGGCACGCGCGAUGGCGCGUCGCGGGCGUCACGGAGCCCCAGCUCGUUCGCGUCGACGCGUCGAUCCUCCGCUUCGUCGUCCCGACGCACGUCGACGGGCUCGUCGGCGACCGCCUCCACCGCCGCGCCGCGAUCGCCGUCUACGAGAUCCCCGACGGCGACGACGGCGACGACGUGUACGUCGCCGCGGACGAGUGCGUGCCGCCGGAUUCGCGCCCGACGAUCGACACGCGGCGCCUGGACGAGAUGACGUACGUCGGCGAGGCGCGCGCGCACGUCGUGGAGCUGCUGCGACGCGUGCAGGGCGACGACGCGGAGAAACGUUCGCGCGACCGCCCGGACGCGUCGCGACGGGUCCAGUACGCGCUCGCGCGGAACCCGAUUCGAUGCGUCGUCGUCGUCGACGACGACGAGGAUGACGGCGAUGGCGACCUCGGCGUUUCAGGAUCAGUCACCGCCUCAGCAUCAGCGACCCUAAACCCCGCGUGGGAGGGCGCCGCCGUGGAGAUCCUCGCGUCGCGGCCGAGGCACUGGCCGCGGCCGGGACCCGCGGAAGCCGGCGUCUUUUUCCUCGACGCCGAGCUCGUCUUCUCGCCGCUCUUCCCGCACGCGCCGAAGGACAUCGAGCGCGUUUACGUCCGAAUCCUCCGCUGGGUCGGGGACGGGUACCAGCCCAUACACAGCACGCUCGUCGCGCACGGCGACGUCCCGGGCGCGGGCGCGGUGUACGCGGAGCCGAGGAGCGGUAAGAAGGGCGCCGUGCCGCGGUGGCGCGCGAAACUCCACGAGACGGCGAUCGCCGUCGCGUGCCUCCACGGCGGCGGCGGCGACUCGAACGCCGUCUACGGCCGCGCGCCUCUCGCCUCCGCGGUCGUCGAGCGCGUCGACGGCGACGUCGGCGACUCGGACGCCGCGAGAGCGCGCGCGGCGAGGUAUCUUCCCCCGGGGGACGUCCCGUGGCGCGUCGAGGCGAUCGCGCGGUUGACGCGCGGGAAAGACGUGCUCCUCGGCUGGGUCGACGUCACGCUGAGCGAGCUGUGCGACGCGGGCGCGGCCGCGAGCGAGGACGCGCCCGCGCGUUUCGACUGCGAGCUCGUCCCGCACGAGAGCGAUUUCGAGUGCGCGAGGAUUAACCCCGCGCGAGGCGACGCGCCGGCGGUGCUCGAGGUGUACGGGUUCCGCCUGAGGGCGGGGAACGGGGAGAAAGCACGGGGACCCGCCGCGGCGGCGACGGCGACGGGCGCGGGCGCGGAGAAAAAAAGAGUCGCCGCGGCGGCGGCGGCGGCGACGUCGGAGAAGGAGAACGAGGACGAGAGAGAGAGACCCGAGAGACGCGAGAGGAUGACCGCCAUGGAGGAAGCGGAGGAGGAGGAGGAGGAGGAGGAGGCGUUCGAGAAGAGAGAGGAAGAGGUCGAUCUCGACGCCGCCGUCGCGGUUCCUCGAACGCCCGCGCCUCCGUCGGCGGCGACGGCGGCGGAGGACGACGACGACCCGGAAUACACCGCGGCGAUGCGCGCGAUGCGAUCGCUGCGCGUCGACGGCGGCGACGACGACGCGAACGACGACGCGAACUUCCUCGACGAUAGCGACGUGGACUCCGAGGAAGCGCGGCUCGACGCGGUCGUCUCCGGGCUGUCUCGCGCGGCGCGCGCGAAGCUACGUCGGACGCCGCCGCCGCCGCCGCGGUCGUCGACCCGCGGCGGGAGGGCUUCGACGGCGAGGGCGACGAGACCCACCGCGAGACCGACGGCCGCCGCGACGACGUGCGCGCGCGCGAGGCCGGUCGCGGGAGCCGCGAACCGCCGAGGGUGGAGCUCCACGUUGUCGAAGCCGAAAGAGACCCCGCCGCCGGUGAGCAUGGCGCAAGAGCUCAGAAGCCGCGCGUACGACGGCGCGAAGAUCGCCGCGGCGGCGGCGUCGGCGCCCGCGCGACGGAAGACGCGGACGAUGCGGCCGUUCGAGGAGCUGUCCCCGCGGUCGCGGUGGCACGCGGAGAAGGAGAGGACGAGAGGCGCGACGGCGACGAAGCCGGGGAUGCUGCCCGCGCGCCGGGAAGCUGUCGAUCGACCGCCGGGCGACGACGACGACGACGACGACGACGACGCCGUCUCGGAGGUGUCGUUCGUCGCCCCGGUGCGCGCGCUGCUGCAUCGCGCGGUCGUCGCGCAGCACGCGAGAGAGGUCUCGAGCGCGGCGGCGCGCACGCCCGGCGUCGCGUCCGUGCCGGCGGCGUUUCACGACGAAGACGACGAGGAAGAAGAGGAGGACGUCGGCGGCGGCGGCGGCGGCGGCGACAAAGAAAACGACAGCCCCGCGUCCGCGCCGACGACGAGCCUCACGCCGUCGCCGCCGCGGCGCGUCGCCUCGGAUCACUCCACGCCGUGGAAGGCGGCGUCCACGUCCAAACACAAGAAGGAUUCGAAGCCGCCGAACCCGGAGCUCAUCGCCGCCGCGGACGCCGCCGUGCGCGCGGCGCUCGUGGAGAAGCUCGCGUCGCACACUAAAGGUGCGUUCUAUACACUGGUCCCCAUACGACCGCGUUCGCGUGGUGAACGCCAAUCCUUAAGGACUUUGCCCGGCGCAUCUCUCCGUCCACCCCUCGGUUUCGAUUCCCGCCCUCGACGCCUUUCAACGCCAACUGACGCAUUUCAACUCCACCCCGGCAUCGCUUCGUGUGGAACGACCCUAAAGCCGAGCUCGUGGACACGGCGCUUCGCAUUCGUCAGGAGCUCCUCGUGA